CGCUUUUAAUACAGAUGUGCUCCUCGGCGCGACGUGCGGAUCCACGGAGACACGGACACACACACAGGGCACCAUGACUGCAGCCAGCAACACCUACGACGUGGUGGUGGUCGGCGGAGGAAUAUCAGGUUUGAGUGCAGCAAAGCUGUUGAAAGCCAAUGGACUGACUCCUGUUGUUCUGGAGGCCAGAGAUCGGGUCGGGGGACGAACGUUCACUGUGCGGAAUAAGGAGACAAAAUGGGUCGAUCUGGGCGGGUCUUACAUCGGACCGACUCAGAACCGCAUCCUCCGAUUGGCCAAAGAAUACGGCAUCGAGACCUACAAAGUCGCUGAGCAGGAGAGCCUGGUGCAUUAUGUCAACGGAAAGUCUCACCCGUUCAAAGGCUCUUUUCCUCCCAUGUGGAACCCCUUCGUCCUGCUGGACUUCAACAACCUGUGGAGGACGAUGGACGAGAUGGGAAAGGAGAUCCCCAGAGAGGCCCCCUGGAGGGCCCCCCAUGCCGAGGAGUGGGACAAGAUGACCAUGCUGCAGCUGUUUGAGAAGAUCUGCUGGACCAGUAAAGUCCUCCACUUCGCCAAGCUGUUUGUGAACGUGAACGUGACCUCUGAACCCCACGAGGUCUCAGCUCUGUGGUUCCUCUGGUACGUGAAGCAGUGCGGAGGAACCAUGAGGAUCUUCUCCACCACCAACGGAGGACAGGAGAGGAAGUUUGUGGGCGGCUCGAGUCAGAUCAGCGAGUUCAUGGCAGACGGGCUGGGAGACCUGGUGAAACUCGAGUCUCCGGUCUACCGCAUCGACCAGAGCGGAGACAUGGUGGAGGUUCAGACGCUGGACAAACAGACGUACACGGCCAAGUAUGUGAUUUUGGCCACGCCCCCUGGCCUGAACAUGAAGAUGCACUUCAGCCCCGAGCUGCCCCCCCUCAGGAACCAGCUGAUCAGCCGCGUGCCCAUGGGCUCUGUCAUCAAGUGCAUGGUGUACUACAGGGAGAACUUCUGGAGGAAAAAGGGUUACUGUGGCAGCAUGGUGAUCGAGGAGGAAGGCGCUCCCAUUGGUCUGACGCUGGAUGACACAAAGCCUGAUGGGAGUGUACCCGCCAUCAUGGGAUUCAUCCUCGCCCGCAAGUGCAGAAAGCUAUCAGGGCUGACCAAAGAGGAGAGGCUGAAGAAGAUCUGUGAGAUCUACUCCAGAGUGCUGGGCUCAGAGGAGGCUCUGCAUCCGGUGCAUUACGAGGAGAAGAACUGGUGUGAAGAGGAAUACUCCGGAGGCUGCUACACCGCCUACUUCCCCCCGGGAAUCCUUACACAGUAUGGAAAGGUGCUGAGGGAGCCGGUGGGCAGGCUGUAUUUCGCAGGAACAGAAACAGCUACAGAGUGGAGUGGAUACAUGGAGGGGGCGGUGCAGGCGGGAGAGAGAGCCGCCAGAGAGGUCCUGUGUGUAAUGAAGAAAAUCGACAAGAGUCAGAUCUGGCAGACGGAGCCUCAGUCUGUGGAAGUGCCAGCAAUCCCGUUUGUCACCACUUUCUGGGAGAGAAACCUGCCUUCAGUCGGCGGUCUCUUGAAAUGUAUGGGAGUUUCCGCCUUCCUUUCUGUGGCCACUGUCUCCGGCCUGGUGAUCUACAAAAAGGGUCUCAUUCCUCGGAGUUAAACCACAACAGACUCUUUACUGCACUACUUUAUGUCCCAAUCUGCAGAGUAGUGAACUGUAUCGAGUAAAAAAUCACUGACGCACCGUCACUCUGUGUGAGAAAGUGAGACAGAGGAAUUGUUUGAAUCCACGUCUGAGGUCCAGAUGUGAAACCAAUGAAGGAAAGAAUCAUAAAAAGUAUACAGAAUAUAUGUAAAUCACUAUUAACAGUACACACAUUGCCAAUGACAUUCAGUCUUACAUGUGAGUUUAUCGACUCAUUAUGCUUUCUAUGUGUUUGUGUGAGGUGUGUGUGAGAGGUGUGUGUGUGUCUUAAUUACCUCUGCUGAUUUUAGGUGCUAAUUUAUUCUGGCCGAGCAGCUGUUACUCCUGAUGAGAUGCCCGCUGCAAAAUCACAGAGCAGGUUUUAAGGAUAAGGCUGUUGGGAUGCUAGCUUGUUGUCAAUAAAUCCCAUGAAAACACUUUGAGUUAAUUACGUUACUUAAGGUACGUAAAUUAAAAUACCUGAACACCUGAAAAUUAGCAUAAUUGGGCCCUUUAAGGCCUGCAAGAUCCUACACUCAUUUUAAAUGAAUCUCUUAAGAUAUGACUCACAAAAUCACCAAAUUCACGUCUGAAAAUAGUCCCCAACAAAUGCAAUGUUUACUGUGUUAACCAACAAGCAAGGGUCUAACAAGGCUUCAAAAAGUCAGAAAUUAAUGAGACAGUCAUUAAUUCUCAGUAUGCAUGGGAUUUGUUGUCAAUUUAAAAAAAAAGCAGAAUAGAAAAUGCAUAAUAAGCCUUAUCCUUUUAUUAAAAUGUGUAUUUAGUGGUGAUGUCGGGCUACUAAGCUGCUCUGUUAUCUUUUAGUAAAUGUAAUGAAAGCAUUCGAAUGUAUUUUCUUCAGACUAAUAACACAAACUCUUUGUCGCUGCGUUUUGAUUUAUAGAUAUAUAUGUAUUUCUAUACAAAAGUAGUGCGGUAGCUAACCAAAAACACUAUUAAUACACAUUUCAUGCUUUUAAAUCCCACAAAAUCUAGCUUAUGAUUAACAUUGUGAUGCAUUAAAGAGUGCAGAAAAUUGCCUCUUUUUGAGAUAAACCUCAGAAAACAGAUGAAUAAAUGACGCAUUAUUCCCACAAACAACACACGGACAUAUAGAGAAGUACAUCCUAAUUCACAGUCGAGAAACACAGCUGCCUACUCGCAGGAAAUAUUCAUUUUUGGCCACUUUGAGAGCACUUCAAUCCAUGAUGAGCUUUUAGAAAUCAUCUGUCAGAGUAGGAGGCUUUUUCUUAUCCCGUAACAUAAUGGGAAUCUGAUUUUGAAGCGAGAUGAUACAUGAUUUUUCUGGUAAAGGGUGUUGAAUCAUGCUGUUUUUGUCCCGAAGACGGGUGUGUGUUUGUGAGUAUAGUUAUCUGUCGUGCCUUAAUGGUAGUGUUUUGUGUCAUUUCUCUCUCUCAAGUGCCUGUGUGACUGUGACACCCCUCUGAAUAAGUCAAAGAACCAGGAAAUGACUCAGCAUUUUAGCACUUCCUGCUUCCCUGGUCUGAAAGUCAAUGGUUUUCUGAAUGUGUUUUUGGUUAUUAGCCUGAAACAGGUCUGGGGUUAACAUAAGCUGAAGAGAUUUUUAUUCUACGACUUCAUUAAAUAACCCACUGGUGAAUUUAAGAACAGCCGGACAUUAGCCGCCGUUAGCUUAGCAUUGUGACUCAUGUCAUAGUUCCUUUAAAGCGGUAAGUAGGCUUUUUACUUAAGAAAUCAUACAUCUGUGUUAUUAUGUGGAGAUUAUCCCACUGAUAAGAGUUCAUUCUCUGCAAUAAUCCAAAAAUAUAUUUAAAAAAUCAUUAUCUUUUUCUCGAAGGAACCAGACAGAUGCUAACUUUUCAAAACUAUGGAAAUCCUCCCCACGAUCAAACUGCUUAUCUCCAAUAAAGCCGUGUGUGUGUGUGUGUGUGUGUGUGUGUGUGUGUGUGUGUGUGUGUGUGUGUGUGUGUGUGUGUGUGUGUGUGUGUGUGUGUGUGUGUGUGUGUGUGUGUGUGUGUGUGUGUGUGUGUUGUGAUCGCAGUGUUUUACUAUCUGUCUCCCUUGUUGUGUGAUGUCUCUAUCUGCUGAAUGACCUUCCCUUUCUAUCAGCUCAUGCACUGGUUUGAGUCACGUUUAGACCACAGCUCACAUUUUAAGCAUUUUCUGGAAGGUGUUUUUCUGACUUCAGUGAACGAACAAAGCCAGCACACACACUCCAUCCUGCAGAAACACACAUUAUCCAACCCUCCAUCUGUGUUUCCCUGAGACUCUUCCUGUGACAGUUCUUCGAUGUCUUUAAUUCCUCAAACAAAGCUGGUGAUACUUAAACAGAAAAAAAUGUGAAAUAAAUAUUUUACUCGUCUUGAAAUCGA